UCUCCGCUUCCUUUCCAAUUUCAACUUUUCUUCUUCUCAAUUUCCUUUCGAUCUCUCUCUUCGACUCCGUCAGUUUUAUAACAGUUAUGACCUCUUUAUCCAAAGAUCUCCGCAUGCAAAUAUGAAACUCUUCCAUGGAUGCAAGCAACGAAUCAAUUUCGGCUAACCAGAAAGUGGCUUUGCUCGAUUUCGUGGUCGCAAAUCAACUGUUUAACAGACAUGAUUUGGGAACCAACACGGUCACGGUUGGGAUGGAGAGAAAGAACCAAACGUUUGGACCUACUCCCAACUUCGUCCUCAUUCCAGAAAGUCAAGAUGAGGAUAUUCAUGAAAACAAUUGUCCUGUCAAUGUAAUGGGAACAAACUCUCAGGAAGUGGAUAAAGAAGACAAUAUUAUUAACGACUCCAGAAGCAAUUUUGGUCUUCCCAAUGAUAUCCCUGUCCCAACUGGUGUUUGUGAAGUUCAACAAGCAGAUUCAUCUCUAAGCACCGAUAACAGUGCCACCAACACAAUUCAAAAACAGCAGUCGGAGGACAAUAUCAUUGACGACUCCAGAAACAGUUGUGGUCUUCCCAAUGAUAUCUCUGUCCCAACUGGUGUUUGUGAAGUUCAACAAGAUAUCCCAUCUACAGAGCGUGGACCACUUCCGCGUCGUCAGUUGAAGUGACUGAAAGAUUCUUGUUUUGGUCGUCUUUACUUCCUGUUCGCAAGAGUUCCUUAUCCGGCAAGCUUGUCCACCAAUUCCUUUGUCGCUGCCUUAUCACUUGGAAGAAACAUGAGAUGUGGUUUGUUUAUGGGGACAUCCAAUCCGUUUUUCUCUGCGGGAGUUGGUAUCUUAACAGGGCUUAAUUGUGGUCCACUACCUUCAGAUGAAGAGGAAUCAUCUGCCACUGACGUUGCUUUUGUCUAUGUGACAUUUUCCACCAUCAUUAA